UUUAAAAUAUUUCUGCUUUUAUAGAUACACAAUUCAGUUCAGCUAUUUUAACUCUGAAGGUGCUUCUCAAGGGACCAAGAAUAAUAAUGCAAAUUCUACGAAGUUAAUUUAAGAUUCAGUGAUGAUUAACCAGCUUCAAGCAAGUCUUCAGUAUUUCAGAGGAACUCCAAAUGUAAAUGCUGAAGUCAGUUGAGGCUGUGAUCACUAGAUCACUACUUCAAUCACUUCAGCCUUCACUUCUAAUUUCUACUGCUUUUCCUCAGCCUCUUUAUUCCUCUCCUUACUCUUUUUACAUCACUAUUCUUCCUAGUUCUUUCUUAUAUGGCUUCCUCCCCUUCUCUUUUCUUGCUAAUGAGUUGGCUGCAGCCACAGCAUAAAUGGAUCCAAAAGUUUUCUGUGUCAGCCCUUCCAGAAUGCUUAAUCUAAGGCCCAAGAGCUGAGGAGAGAGAAUGUGAAGGACCAGAUCCUCAUGGCUCAGCCACCAUUUAGCUGUCAACCACCAGCCCUGGUGGUUUUGGAUUCCUUUAACCACACACCCGAUCCUCAUUGCCCCUGAAGUCUAUUUACAAGUGUUCAGUAAUUUUCACCAGCUGGCUCUUAUUGAGAGUGUCACUCAAUAUUUAUGUAACAUUUUCAUGUAUCAAAUAACACGGCAAAAAAUCUCUGUCUUAACCAACUUCAUUAUUUUUAGGCUGAUAAAUUUUUGGUUUUAAUUACUAGGCAUUUGUUGUCAGCAGUUUUCCCCCCAAAGAUUCUAAAAAGCCCCAUUGGGAAGCAGUGCAAACCUCCUUUCUCCCCAUCAGGCUUUGGAUCAGGCCAACCAUGCUGAAACAUGGUCUUUGAAGGUCACUUUUCACUUCAAGAAUCAACAACCUGGAAACAAAGGAGUACAAUCAAAGCUAAUGUUCCACAUGGUUUAAAAAAAUAAUUGUGAAUGACUUUGUAACCUGACAUUUCAACUGGGAAUGGAGUUGAUUUAAUAACAACAAGAAAGCAACAAUCACAUGAGGACGCUGCAAUCAUAUGAUUUUUUUUGCAUAGUCAGACACAGCUCUAACUCUGAUUUAUGCUUCUCUCCUUUCUGCCAGAUAAUGAGGGCUUAGUCCCAACAAGCCUGGCAUCCCCAAGGCUACUGCCUUCACCCCUUUCCCUGGCAGACAGGAGGCUGCUGAAGCAUGGAGCCUACAUAUGCAGGAUGCACUUUGUUGUUCACACAUCCUGGGAUCGCUUCUGAAAGCCCUCCCAUGGUGUGUUACAGGACAGAGGAGUGCAGAGAAAAUGUGAGAAAAAACAAAAGAUACCAAGAACAAAUUAAAAAUAAAAAUAAUACAUUAUCAUAGUUGUAAAUUUCCCUCUCAUUGAGCAAUCUCUUCAUUUUGUUUACAGCACCUUGGCUUACAGACUUCCACCUGCUCUACCCAAAUAAAAAAUAGUUUAGUGUUGCCCAACUUGUUGAUUUCUCAUUCACCAGUGCCUCCCUUGCCAGUGCUCUACUUUGGAAUCACUGAGACCACUCUUGAGGUCCACAGUUGAUUCCAUACUAUAGUUCACCAAAGCUUCUUCUUUGCUGAAAACAAAAGCAAGAAACCUCACCAGGCUGACAGAGCUGCAAAAUAAUUACUGCACCUCCUAUAGAAGACCACCUGUGUCUGGUGAAGCAAGCUGAAGCUGAAUGUGAACCAGAAAGUGCAGUGUUUGCCAAUGUUGCCCUUCUUCUCUUCAGGCACAGAUUACAUUUCAUGAUUAGGCUGGGCAGUAAAAUCUAUUUUUGUUUCAUCCCUAUUCAUCACACACUACAGUGAAGUACUUGUUAGUGUGUAGAUCAACUUGUGACCUAGAUAUUGACUGGCUAUCACAACAUAGUCUGUGAUCAUACCUCUAAGCAUUGUAUCACACAACUAUGGUAGUAAGGUACGUGCAUGUACCCACUAAAUGAACAUUUAAAUAAUGUUUGCCUUCAGGAUCAACUCUGAUCAAGAGCCAAGUGAAGGGAAGUGCUAGAAUCAGCCAGUUUUCAUUUAGUUUAUGGUUGUUGCUCAGCGUGUGGGAAGAGAAACAUGUUAAAAGUAGAGACCAGUUCAUCACAUGCUAUGAGCUGUUGCAGUAAAACUAGCAAAUCAGGCUAGGGUGAGAGUUAAUUUGGACUUCUGGAAGUAAAUAGUCCUAAUUUAAAAACAAAUUAGGUAUAAAUAUUGAUCAGAGUGCAAAACCAAUAUAAAAAUGCCUGCAAGGCAAAUGGUGUGGCUCUAAACAGGUCUCACAGAAAUCCCAGGGAAUGCUGAAAGCAAAGGGAGUGAGUCAUAAGCACAUGAGCUGAAAGAAGCUGAAGACAAAAUCAUGCAUCUCUGCUUAAUUCCAUCACAUGAUGAGUCCUGGGGCCCUGCAUUUAAACAGAGGGCCGAGCAGUGGAGAAACUUCAUUCUCACUUCUCAGUGGAGGCUGACGGAAUUACUGCUCCACCGUGCACACCGGCCAACGCACAGCCUGGCACCAUGUGCGGGGCUCACCGCCACCUCACGCUCCUGCUCCUGGCCGAAGUGGUCCUGUGUGCUGCUGCCUUGCGGUUUCAAGAUGUGUUGAGCAAUGGAAGAACUUCUCCUGUCAUGCACCACAACAAGAUACAAGGCUGGUCUAGUGAUCAAAACAAUUGGAAUGAAAAACUUUAUCCUUUCUGGGAAGACAACGACCCUCGGUGGAAGGACUGCUGGAAAGGAGGAAAGGUGACAACCAAACUGGUGACUGACAGCCCAGCACUGGUGGGAUCCAAUAUGACCUUUGUUGUGACCCUCCAGUUUCCCAAGUGCCAGGAAGAAGAUCACGAUGGCAACAUUAUAUACCAGAGAAACUGUACCGCAGAUUCUCCAGCCCAGGAUCAGUACGUCUACAACUGGACUGAAUGGAUCGACAACUGCAGCUGGGAAAACUGCACAAGCAACCACAGCCAUAAUGUAUUCCCAGAUGGAAGACCUUUCCCUCAUUAUCCUGGCUGGAGGAGAAUGAACUUUGUCUAUCUAUUCCAUACAUUUGGUCACUACUAUCAAACAAUUGGACAAUCUUCAACAAUUUUUUCAGUCAACACUGCAAAUAUCACUCUUGGCAAACACAUAAUGGCAGUAUCCAUUUACAGGAGAGGGCACUCAACAUACGUUCCCAUUGCAAGAGCAAGUACCACUUAUGUUGUAACAGACAAAAUUCCACUAUUUGUGAGCAUGUCCCAAAAACAUGACCGAAAUAUCUCCGACUCCAUUUUUAUCAAAGACUCACCAAUCACAUUUGAUGUGAAAAUCCAUGAUCCCAGCUACUUCCUUAAUAAUUCCGCCAUCUCCUACAAAUGGAACUUUGGAGAUGGAAGUGGCUUAUUUGUAGAAAGUGGUGCCACUACAUCUCACACCUUUGCUCUGCAAGGAAACUUCACUCUCAAUUUAACUGUUCAAGCUAUUAUACCUGUGCCUUGCAAGCCAGUAACACCCACUCCAUCAUUGCCCACCCCAGCAGUAACGACCAAAGCAUCUUCUAAUUCAGACCCUUCUGUCCCCUAUGAGACAACUGAAGACAAUCCUGAUGGAGGUUGCCAUAUUUACAGAUAUGGAUAUGACACAGCUGGUAUCACCAUUGUAGAGGGAAUCCUUGAGGUAAAUAUUAUUCAGAUGACAAGCAUCCAGAUGACAGAAAGUCAAGCUGAAAAUCCACUGGUGGACUUUGUUGUUACCUGCCAAGGGAGUCUCCCUACAGAUGUCUGUACAGCAGUUUCUGACCCCACAUGCCAGGUGUCUCAGGGCAUGGUAUGUGAGCCCGUCAUCGUCACUGAAGAAUGCUUACUCACCAUUAGGAGAGCUUUUGAUGAACCUGGAACGUACUGUAUAAACAUCACCUUGGGUGAUGACACGAGUCAAGCCCUUGCCAGUGCACUUAUUUCUGUAAAUGGAGGAUCAUCCUCAGGGACAACAAAAAGUGUCUUCAUCUUCCUUGGUUUGUUGGCAGUGUUUGGCGCCAUUGGAGCUUUUGUCCUUUACAAGAGAUACAAACAAUACAAACCUAUUGAGAGAAGUGCAGGACAAGCAGAGAACCAGGAGGGACUGAGUGCUUAUGUCAGCAGCUUCAAAGCCUUUUUCUUCCCUAAGAGUACCGAGAGAAAUCCUCUGUUGAAAAGCAAACCAGGCAUUGUUUAAACCUUUAACUUAACAUUGACUUAGAUUAUGUACAAGACUGUAUCAUGAUUUUUUGUUGUUGUUGUUAUAAAAACAAAGGAGUAAGGUAAAACACAUCUAGAUUGAUUGGUAGCUCUGGGGGCUUGGUGCAAUUAGAAAUACCAAAAUAGUCCUUCUUAGAAAACAAAGGUAGUUUUGAGCACUUGCUGUUCUUGCUUGUGAUCUAGGAUACGCUUUUCUAAAUAACUAACCCUCAUGCCUUGUGUUUUCUUACUUUUGGGUUAACUAGAUCAAAAUUAAUCAGAUCUAAAACCUGCAGGGGAAAAAAUAUUAUGUAAACAAGCAAAAACGCAUAAAUACUUAGUCUUAAAUAGACAGUCCAGUGUAGAUGCUUACCACCUUAAAGAAGAUUCAGGUCAGAAACAGGAGGCAGAUACUGGCUACGUCUGUGGAAAGAAACUGCCAUGCUAUACUCCCAGGCACUGGCACCUAACUGCUUACAUUGGUCCUAGCACAGGCUUGCCCUGCACCUACCAGCUCCCCAGCAAGCAAAUCCCAGCCUCAGGGAACCUCCACAGGCACUGCUGCUCACAGGCACUGCUGCUCACAUGCAGUUUGGCAGCCACCCUGCUUUGCAGGGCAAUGGCAUUCAGUAGUGUGCAGGCAGACAGGGCUGGACACAGCAGUUCACUGCUGUGGACAUAGCUACCAGUGCACAAGACUCACUAUAAACUGGACACCCAAGCAACAACAACAAGGCUCACCUGCUUGGUUUUUCCUGUUGAAACUCAUUUUUAAAGACAUUCUAAUUUCCUCUUGCUCCUCCAUUCCCUCUCUUUGACCACUUUCUCAAACAAAAACCCCAAUCUACAUAAGGCACCAUGCUUCAGUUAUUGCUUUUGCGUCACCAAGCUUGUGCUGGGCAUGUGACUCUACAGUCUAUUUCUGAACACCGAAUUCUUUGAAGAUCUAUAUUUCAAUACAUUUAGCUUAUUUAAUCUAUCUCACAAUAACCCUGAUACAUACUGUUCUCCAUUCCCGAGGCAAUGAAGAAGCACAGACGUAUUUUCCUGACAUCUUGGCAGGUCUGCCCAUUGCUCACUAUUUGCAGUCUGAACAUAGCUUUCACUAUCAUGUCCACACUGUGCACAGACAUCACUUGAGGAGAUAUGAUUAUGAUUAUGACACACCUGUGAGGUUAGGUCUUUAGCUAUAAAAAUUCAGUAGCCUUUUAUUUUGUUUCCACAUUCUCCAAUGAAUUGUACUUCUUUUGUAGCCGUUUCAGAUAUACGAUUAGAAGUACCAGGUCUAGUUUUGUUACGUCUUCCUUAUGGAUAGCAAACACCCAUCUAACCAUAACUAGGCACCUAAAGAAUUCCCUGACUUAAACAGAAACUACUUUUCCUGUGAAACGUGCUGUCUGAACGUUACAAGGCCUGUCAUCAGCCUGAAGCUGACUUGCCGCCCUGGCUUGGCACAGGACAGGGCUUCCACCAACGCCUCACGAUGACCGGCUGUGAGGCAGGGAGAGAUGAGCUCUAUCACAGGGUCAGGAGUACCGCGGGCUGCCAGCGACCUAAGCUACACGCAGAAAGCACCUUGUUCGGAGAACAUGUGAGGAGCUGUGUGUCUUCUCAGGCUUUUGUACCGAAAUCAGCUUUCAGGCACACUUCAAUAACUUUUUUUUAAUCUUUUACCCAAGAGUACGGCACGGCGCACGCUUUUUUUUUUACAUAUUAUGUCACUUCAGUUUUAUCAUUUGAUUGUGCCUUUUCAACUGCAACUUCCAUUCUGUAUAUCUUUAGUUUUAUACAACGGAAUCUAGCUGCUGUACUGACAAAUAAACCAUCCGACGAUUGUCAAGA